AUGUCCCAAACUGGGUCACAAGGAAGCUACCUGCGCCACCAGGCCAGUGGACUUUGCAUCCCUUGCACGAAGCCGGGGUGUAACCGUUGGUUCAAGAACCGAUCAGGGUAUACACAGCACAUGAAUGCGAAGCACCCCAUAUUCUUACAUCCACAUGCAGUGACUCAGGCAUCUGUCCCUUGUUCACCAAGUCCUGCAUUGUCCUUUGAUUUGGAUUUUGGUGAUGCCAAUGACACGGACUUGGGACCGGAAGAUCCCUUGCAACCAACUGCUCAAUUUGUUGGGCCUGGUGACCGGUUGUAUAGAAAUUAUCAUCCGCUUCUGUCUGCUCGCCCCUGUGAUCGUGAAGGUAACUUCCUUCCACGAGGAACUCCGCCUCCACCACUUUCGGACAAGGCAUCAGAUGACUGGACGCCUUACAAGAGUCGGGUAGAGUUUGAGCUCGCCGACUACCUAUUUACGAAAAACCAGACCCCCAUGCAUUCAAUCGACCAGCUGUUAAAUAUAUGGGCAGCUUCAUUGAUUGAAGGGGGUAGCAAAACAACUUUGUUUCCUGACCACCGUGCACUUUACAAGACCAUCGACGAUACACCCCUCGGAGACAUUAAAUGGCAGUCGUUUUCGGUAAAAUAUACUGGCGAGAUUCCAGAACAAGGUGUCGCACCCUGGAUGACAGAUACCUAUGACGUUUGGUUUCGUGAUCCACGCAAUGUUGUUAACAAUAUGCUUUCUAAUCCAGACUAUGCUAUGGAAAUCGAUCUCCAACCUUACCGUGAGUACGCAACCGAAAAUGACGAACGCCAAUGGCAGGACUUCAUGUCCGGGGAUUGGGCUUGGUCUCAAGCGGAUAAGAUUUCUGAGGACCCAGAUACCCAUGGCUCGGCGUUCGUGCCCGUCAUUCUCGGGAGUGAUAAGACCACUGUUUCGGUUGCAACGGGGCAAAAUGAUUACUACCCUCUCUACGCAUCUAUUGGGAAUGUCCAGAAUACUGUUCGCCGUGCACACCGCAACGCUGUUGCCGUGGUGGGAUUCCUUGCAAUGCCAAAAACCACGAAACAGCAUGCUGAGACACCAGGUUUUCGAAGCUUCCGACGUCAAAUUUUUCAUUCGUCCCUCUCAUUCAUCCUAAAGAAUCUGAAGCCAGGCAUGACAAAGCCUGAAAUUGUUUGUUUUGGGGACGGCCACUAUCGCCGUGUCAUAUAUGGACUCGGGCCAUAUAUCGCAGACUACGAGGAACAGGUGUUGCUCGCAUGCAUAGUUCGGAACUGGUGUGCCAAGUGUCUUUCCCAUAGCGAUGACCUCGACGAGAUUAGUCUCCUUCGUUCAAGAACUCACGCAGAUGCACUCAUCGAAGAGUGCGAUUUUGAUACACUGUGGAAAGAGUAUGGUCUCAUUAACGUGCUUGUGCCAUUUACGAACGAUUUUCCCCGCGCCGACAUCCACGAACUCCUCGCACCUGAUCUUCUUCACCAGAUUAUCAAGGGGGCAUAUAAGGACCAUUUAGUUACAUGGGUAGAGAAAUACCUACUGCGCACACAUGGAAAGAUGCAGGCUAACAUAAUUUUAGAUGAUAUUGACCGAAGAAUUGCAGCAGUUCCUCCAUUCCCUGGACUUCGUAGAUUUCCUCAAGGACGUCACUUCAAACAGUGGACUGGCGACGAUUCCAAGGCCCUUAUGAAGGUAUAUUUGCCGGCCAUUGAAGGUCACGUCCCCUUGGAUGUCGUGCGUGCAUUCCGUGCCUUCCUCGAAUUCUGUUACCUUGUCCGCCGCAAUGUGAUCACGGAGAAGUCGCUCGGUGAAAUUCAAGAUGCCCUUACCCGUUUUCACCACUAUCGGGAGAUUUUCAAGACUACUGGAACGGUCUUAACUUUUUCACUUCCCCGACAACACGCCAUGUCUCACUACAUCUAUCUUAUCCGACUCUUUGGCGCUCCGAACGGCCUCUGCUCCUCUAUUACGGAGUCAAAGCAUAUAAAGGCUGUCAAGGAGCCUUGGAGACGGUCCAGCCGAUACAAGGCUCUGGGUCAGAUGUUACUAACCAAUCAGCGUCUUGACAAGUUGGCGGCAUCACGUGUGGAUUUCCGCACUCGCGGGAUGCUCUCGGGUACAUGUCUAUCAUCCAUUCUUGCGGCACUUGACAGUGUGCGCAGCCUGCACAAACCAAUGUGGAAGAGCAGACCAAUGCAGAUCAACACGACCCUGAGCUGCCCAGUAUGUCCCGAAGCGCCAGCGCCAGUAUACUCAACCCGGAUGUCAGCGCUGACUCUGAGGAUAUUGAUGUGCCAAUGUCGCAUUCCUGCACUAGCUAAUGAGCUUCACAUCCCUGACUUGGCUGAACUUGUUCAACAAUUCCUCACCGAGCAGCUGUAUCCCAACAAGGACCCCACACAAAUUCCCACAGGUAUUAUGGACCGCCCUCGUUACGAUGGGAGGAUACGAGUUUUUCACUCUGCGGCCUCAACAUUCUUUGCACCGAGUGACCUGAGUGGAACCGGCGGGAUGAAACGCGAACACAUUCGUGUGUCCCCCAGAUGGAGAAAUGAAUAUGCACGCAAAGAUUGCGUGUUUGUUAUUACUGACCCGAACGUUCCUGGAAUGCGGGGUAUGGACAUCGCCCAGGUACUAACAUUUUUUUCCUUUCGAUUAAGGGGAGUACGUUAUCCAUGUGCGGUCGUUCGGUGGUUCAACCGAAUCGGUGACACGCCAGAUGAAGAUACUGGGAUGUGGAUGGUGUCACCGUCUUUUAACGGUAAUCAUGCACACUAUGCGGUGAUUCAUGUUGAGGCUAUUUUUCGUUCUGCACAUCUUAUUCCGGUCUAUGGCACUGAACUGCUUCCCUCAUUAGUUAAAUCUCACCACGUUCUCGAUAUAUUUACCCUAUUUUAUGUCAACAAAUAUGCUGACCACCAUGCCUUCGAAAUAGCUUGGUAA